AUGAAAGAUUCGUCGGCAAAGAAAGCGUAUGCAUUAAAUACUUUGAUCUCGAAAUUGAUGUCUUAUGAAAAGGAUACUUUCAACGAGGCAACUUCUGCCCAGAUGCAGGAGAUGCUUAGUGACAAAAAAGUCCAAGCCCUGCUAAAUUCUGUAGCAGCCGAUGCAAAAACGUCAGGCGCUCAAAUUCGUCAGGAGCGCCGUGGAUUAUUGUUAUUAAGAAGAGAAAUUUUCUACCAAGCAGUUCAGGUAAAUGUUUCCGAUUCACAAUUUUUGACUAAGAGAGUGAAAUACACCACAAAGAUGCUGAGGCAUUUGCAAAACUUGAACGCCAAGCAAAAGGUGGAAAGAGCUGAAUCUGAGCAAAAAUUUUAUGAUUAUGCGCUACAAAUGGCUGAGAAAAUGUUGUUUCAAGACGACAUUCUCACUGAUGGGAAAAAGGUUCGCAAAACAAUAGAAUCGGAUCCAAAUGUAACAUCUUUAUUGAAAGGAUCGAAGCGACUUGGUAUAUUCAAAAACUUGGAAGGAUUUCAGGAUAAGAGCAUCGAUUUUUGGUCACAGUGGGAUCUGAGGGCUGCAAGAAUCUUUAACCAGUCACUUGGACCGGAGAACUCUUUCGAGGAGCAGAUACAGUGGACAGAGGAUGGAAAACAAUGGCCAUAUCCUAUCGACAAUGAGUAUAUGUUCGGAUCUGAAGCUGAGGUGCCGUUCUAUGAGCACAUCUUCCUUGAGAGACAUCUUCCCGGGCUUGGAAUACCCAAGGACGGUCCUAUUGCUCAUUUUAUGGAACUGGUGUGCGUAGGCUUGUCAAAGAAUCCUUAUAUGACUGCAGCGAAGAAAAUGGAACACCUUCAAUGGUUCGCCAAUUUCUUCAAUAAAGAGAAACAAGCGCUUAUCGAAAAAUUGCAUCAGGAGGAGCAACUAGCCUCGCAACAUUCAUAG